AUGGAGCGAGCGAAAGAGGCCAAUUGGCCCAUCGAUCGUAACCCAACACCUCCAAAGGAUGAAGCAAGCUCUACGGCGCAGCAGCUAUCCCAAAGAAAUACCCAAGUUGUGUCUGCUUCUUCAGCAGGUAUCAGAGCCGUUGUUUAUCAGAUAACGUCUUUGUACAUGAGAAACCCUGCAAAACUAUUCAGGCCGUCUCGAUUUGACUACCUCACAACAGCAAGAGCUUUGAUGCAUGGAGAGCUUGCGUCGAAACCAUGGAGCUUACGAACACAUUCAGGAAUAGCUCUUCUAUACCAAUCAAUCAAAAAAGAAGGGUGGAAUUUUAUUCCACGACAAGUGCUUCCUCCGAUAGUAGCAAACAGCGCCAUUGGAGUGAUCCUAUAUUCCACAUAUCUCACACUGUUACAACGGUUCAAUAAAAGAAAUAUGAACUCGAUCGAGGAUCCUAGCCCAAUUGACACCUUCAGAGCCGGCUUUGUGGCCGGAGCUGCUGCUAGCGUUGCUGCAUCACCGCUAGAUGCACUUUAUGCCCGAUCAAAUUACUCAGAGCUGGUGAGUGGUAAACAGAAGAGUAUGUGGGAGUAUGGGUUGUACAAACUAAAACAAAUAGGUCUGGUUGGAAUAUUUGCAGGCUUUAGUCUAAACUUCAUAAAGGAAAGCCUUGGAUUUGCAUUCUACUUCUCGGUAUUCGAGCUUGUCAAAAAUCAGGGAUUCCACAAGACAGAAGCAGUUAUUCAGUGGUAUCAAUACUGGCGCUCAAGGAUUUUCCAUGGUGAAGAAAACCGGGAAAAGGAUUCUAGAUUUUUCAAAGCUCUAAAUCUAACGUUUAUCCUCCUUGCUGGGGCUUCUGCCGCGACCACACUGCUUGCAAUCCAGUAUCCACUUAACAAAAUUCAAAAGGUUCACCUGACUAGACUCGAGUCCUUAGAUCUCUACAACGAUGCACAUCAAUUGGAUCGGCGUCGCUUCUUUAAGCUAUACUAUAAUUCCUACAUUGAAACAUUUGAUAUUAUUCUACAACGAUGGCGAAAAUCCCACCUCUCGCUCUUUAGCUUCUGCUAUAGAGGAUUUUUUCGAUCGUCCUUCACCAGUAUACCUGCUACAUCUAUUGGGCUUUUGGUUUUUGAGAUAUCCCGUCAGCAUUUUAGCGAGAAUCAAUUAUGA